AUGCAGAUCAAACUCACUCCCGCUGCUAUUAUGGCCAUCCUCACUGUGACCGCUAUGGCGGCUCCAACCAUCACCGAACCUGCUCAUGUCGAUGAUAGCAUCGCUGCUCGUGGUAAAGCCGCCGCUGCCUAUGGACAUCACCAGGACGAUAUUGCUGCUCGUAGUGAGGCUGUCGCUGCCUAUGGACACAAACAAGAUGACAUCGCUGCUCGUGGUGAAGCUGUCGCUGCCUACGGACACAAACAAGACGACAUCGCUGCUCGUGGUAAGGCUGUCGCUUAUGGACACACACAAGACGACAUCGCUGCUCGUGGUGAGGCUGUCGCUGCUUAUGGACACAAACAAGACGAUAUUGCUGCUCGUGGUAAGGCUGUCGCUUAUGGACACACACAAGACGACAUCGCUGCUCGUGGUGAGGCUGUCGCUGCCUAUGGACACAAACAAGACGAUAUUGCUGCUCGUGGUGAAGCCGUCGCUGCCUACGGACACAAACAAGACGAUAUUGCUGCUCGUGGUAAGGCUGUCGCUUAUGGACACACACAAGACGACAUCGCUGCUCGUGGUGAGGCCGUUGCUGCCUACGGACACAAACAAGACGACAUUGCUGCUCGCGAUUCUAAGAGCAACUGA